UUUGGUUAAAAUAAUAUUAGAACAUUUUAAAAAUUCUUGACAUUGUGUAAAUAUUGGAACAACAACGACAAAUAAUGUGGUUAAAUUCGUAAUGUAUUACUAACAUUUAAGUCAUAUUGUAUAACGAGAGGGAAAUAAUGUUGAGUACACAUUUCCCCAAUAUUAUAAGCAUAUUGUAGCGUCUUUUAGGAAAGUGGCGGUUGAACAUUUUUAUCCACACUGCUCGCCAUCAUUCCUAUCCCGCAUUCUCGUUGUGCACCUUUUUACUAUCUACAAAUUCAGUUAUAAUUAAAAACUAAAAUGUACUCAGUCGUCGAGUUCCCUGACGAGGAAGCUGUUGAAGUAGUACUUUCAAACUGGAUUAAUCCAGAAGGGAGUCUGUGUCGUUAUCCGGAUAAGACGGGCAUUGGAGGUGUAACAAAAUUAGUAAAAAGUGGAUCACUUUUUCAGAACAAUUGGCCCACAUUCCGAUGUCGGAUCCUCAAAACUUAUGAUAAUUACUUAUCCGCAAGAGAAGCUGCUAAUUUGGCGCAAGACACGUCGGGCCUAGAGUCUGACUCCAAUAACGAUCGACGGGUCAAAAAAGAGCCUACCAGUAAAUCAAAAACAGUGCUGCCAGAAACUGAUUCGGAUAGUGAUCACUCAUCGUCACAAAUAUUACAAGGGAAGUCUGCCGACCAUCAAUUUGCGUCCCCACUAACUUCUCUACAGAUAAACAUUCCACAGAUUCCAGGAGAAAACACGGUGUCUGAAGAGGGAAUAAAUUUCAUUCCAAAUCCCGACCAUAUCGCAUCGUAUUCAAAUUCAAAUCUUUCAAUUGGACUGGAGCAGUCUUCACAAGUACCUUUCGCACCCAUUGUAACCAAUUUUGAGGUGGAAUAUGCUACUAAGGAUGAUUUGAUGAAGUUCCAAAAGGUGAUGGUUCGACAUUUGGUACAAAUCCAGCAGACCCAAAACGAAAUUUGCAAACAUUUCCUAUUGCUAAAAACAGCGUCUAACAAGAAUCCGGAACCGGAAGAUUUCUCCACUCUGCCACCGAUUCCAGUUGACACUGUGGAUGGCCUCAAAGGGGUUGAAACGUAUUUAGAAGAAAAUAAGGAAAAUCGAAGGUUAAUGAUUUCCUACCUAUCUCUACUUGACGGGAAGGACGCUGAAGAUAUUACGAGGACGAUUCUUGAAAAGUUAAUGACCAUUGACCUGGGUGCAAAAUUCAGCAGAACUGGCCAUGGGAAAAACAAGCAAGAAUUUAAUGUUUACUCCAAAAUCAAUUUAGUUAUUAUUGGGGGGGUGCGAGCAACUAAGGGUUACGAUAGAACCACCGAGCACGACAUUAACACGUACAUAGCUAAGUGGUUCCGGUUUGCUCCAUUCACAACUAAAGCCAAAAAGUAAUCACGAUGUCUUCCCAUCGGACGAAGCGACGUAAAUUCCAACAUUCAGUUCAACAAAUUUUUAAUGAAAUUAACAGUGAAUUUGUAGAUUUUGAGCCUACUAGUUUUGUAGACGUAAUUUGCAAUGAAAUUAGUAAUGAUUUAGGAGAAAUAGAGAAUAAUUGUGUAGACGAGAUCUGUAGUGGUGUUGGUCAAACACCGAGUAAUAGUAAUGAUAUUGUAGAAGAUUAUUUUAAUGAAACAGUUGUAUUUGACAAUCCGACAGGAGAAUUUAAUUUAAUAGAUUAUGUAAAUAAUGUUACUGAAUCAGAAAUUAGCUCGGAAUCAGAGUCAGAAACAAGUAGCGUGCCAGUAAAUUUUAAGGAUAAAUUAGCAGUCUGGGCUGUCAAACAUAAUAUUACAGGCGUAGCGGUGGAUGAUUUAUUAUCCAUUCUCUCUUUAAAUUUUCAAAAUUUGUGCCUCCCUAAAACUCACAUAUCUUUGCUUCAAACUCCUCGUAGUUCAGAUUUUAAUAUAAUUUCUAUUCCAGGAGGAAUUUACUAUCAUUUUGGGUUAAAAAAAUACCUUGUCACACAAAAAUAUAAUAAUAUUCAAUCUGACGAAAUUGUUUUAAUGUUAGGUAUAGAUGGAGUCCCAGUAUAUAAAAGUUCAAAAAAACAAUUUUGGCCUAUUUUAGGUAAAUUAGAUAAGCUCAUAAAUUGU